GUCACAACAAAUGGCUAUAUGGUGAUGCACGCUAGCAGCAGCAUAAAACAUAGGGAGCAUAUAGCUAUCCCUGUUGUACGAUUCAAACCCCAUUCAAUCAGCGGUGCCUUUGCUGAAAUAGCAUCGAGGGAAAAAAUAAUCGAUUUUCUUUUCUAACCAGCAAACCUAAGCAGAUAUUGAACGAUGUUUUGAUUCUGCAUUUCGAGUCCAAAACAUUUUGUGUAAAUAUGUAUCAUAGUAGGAAGCACCUUGUUUGAAUAAACCGAGCGGUUCUAAUGAUAUCACACGAGGUGAAGUACUUUGCAGAUAGUGAGAAACGUUCUGAAAAACAGAUUCUCCAGCACUCAACGAUGGCACUAGGAACGGGCGAGUUUAACUUCAAAGAACAUAUGGAAAAGUACGAUCUGGAGAAUUCAGCCAUUCAUCGCAAGCUACAAAGCAAGGUCGAAGCCUUACAGAUUAUGAGGAGCGAGCUGGAGAAGUACCGCUCCGAACGGGACCAGUUCAAGCUAAUGGCCGAGACUCUUCAAAUGCGGUACGCUGCAAUGAAGAAUAGUUUAAACAGUCCCGAACUGCGGGCAGUAGCAUUCGGUCACAGUUCCGCCGUUAGCCUGAUCGUUAACCAAACUCGGGAAAAGAAUAUGUCCCUGAGUACCGAGGUAGAAGCAUUGAGGCAACGCGUUUUCGAACUGGAGGGUGACAUUAAGGCUCUCAGAACACAGAAUUCUGACCUGCAGGUUAGCUGUAACAUACUUAGAUCUACGGAGGAAUUGAAGCUGAAAAUGAAUGGUAAGGUAGUGUGGCAGGCUGAAAAAUCUAAACUAAUCAGUCAGAUGGAAAAACUGAAGAAAAAGAACGCUCAACUACAGUACGAUUUUCGUUCGUUGCUGGACGAAAAGGAGGACCUUGUCACGGAACGGGAUGCUUACAAGUGCAAAGCCCACCGACUGAACCACGAACUGGGCGUUGUGUUGAAAGGUGAUAAAUCACAGGCAACCAUUCUGGACGUUGAUGGACUGAUCUUGGAGAACAAGUAUCAGCAGGAGAAGAUUGCCAAUCUGGAAAAUGAGCUGGAGCUAGCUAAGCAAUCUGCUGCCAAGUACAAGAACAUGCUAGACACGAAGCGUAGAAAGGGAAUCAUCAAACUAGGCAGCAAUAACAACGAAACGAUAAUGUCUCACAGCCAAGUGAAAGCCCUCCUGGAACGUGGUACUGUAGAGGAACUCCCGCUAAAAGCAGCCACCAUAUCGGAGAUGAAAUCCCUUUGUCUGGCCCUGCUGGAUAACGUGAACGACAAAAGUCUAGCCUUGUCGCACCAGAAGAAGACCAACAAACUGUUAGCGGCAAAAAUUGCCGAACUAGAACAGCGAAUACACGCCCUUUCGGGUUCAAAUGGAACCACACUAUCCUGCCUGUCACCGUCGCAAAUUUUGCUUAACGGAUACACUUCCGCAACCGUGGACCAAGAUCUCGUCGAUGACAUAAAACAACUCAAGGCUUCGAGUCGAUCCGAAUGUAGCUACAGUGGUGGUGGACGCGAAGCCAGUGGACUGAGAGCUUAUGACAGGGAGGCCACUAGCUCUAAUACAUCUCAAGGCUUACCUACCGAGCUGCUUUCGUCUGAAUCGAAUAAAAGUCUGCCAAGUUGUUCGGAACUGGGUGACCGGGACUUUUCCAAUGGAUCGUCUUCCGAUUUCACAUCCAACGCAGAAGAAACCGAUGGCAUACAGCUGGAUCCCUACAUCCACGCAGACCGAAAGCUGUCGUUGGGAGGCUCCGAACUUCCCGAGCUAACACCCGAAAUUGCCGAGCUUGUACGACAUUUAUCCAAGAGUUGGACAGACGACGCCAGUUCUGCUAAUUAAAACCGGAAGUAACUAGUUAGCACUUUCAUUGUCUUGAGUAGCGCGAAUCCAUAUAUGCAGAGGUUCGAAGGUUUUUAGCGCCUCUUAUCAAGCGGAAAGGUGUGCUAGUUUACAUGUUCGGUUAGUGUCUCCAGUCUUUUGUACUAUUGUAGGAAUUAAUUUUGGACAAAAUAUUACCCAACCUUCCGAACAAAUAUACCUACGAUCAAUGAAGCUUUGUGUUGUAAUAAUGUUUUAAUAAAAAAAAAUACUAAAAUCAAAUUGUA